CUUAAUGGGUUGAAGCGUCUCGUCUAGCGCUGGCAUUGAUGGCAACUUUAAAUGUGUGUGUGCAAUUCUUGACCAUUUAAAAUAACAUGUGCAUGGAUGAGGUGAACACCCAUUCACAUCCAAGACGCGUUUGCCCCCCAACAUGUUAUAUCCUGCAUAAUGAGCGUGCUACAGAUCCCCUCCUUCUCCGCCCCACACUGACUAUUCCAUUAUUUACGAAGUGGGGAUGUGUGCCGUGCUGAAAUGCUGCCGGCUGCUGCCUGCAUGCUAGGUCUAUUACGGUAUUCCACAGUUAGCAGUGGAGCCUGACGGAUGCAGAGAUAGAGAAGAGGGAGAGGAGAAGGGGAGCAGCCUAGUUUUCACCACGUCAGAGUACCUUUUGCUAUCUGUGUCAUCAUGUUGAGGAAGGGCUCAGAGCUGCUGAAGGGAGACCGAGAGGUCCUCCUGGAUCUGGACUACGUGGCUGAAGCACCAAGCGCUGAGGGCUACGGGAGCCUGCAGAACGGGAGCUACAUCCCAGCUAGAUGUUUUGCAGCUGUUGACCAAGUGGGAGAUGAUGAUCCCAUGUAUAGUCACUGCAAUACAAAAAGCAACCAGCCACUUCCACAGCUGGGGAAUUACUUCAGAGAUGGCCGGACCAAAAUCGACUUUGUGCUGGUAUGGGAGGUUCGCUCCCGGAGAAAGAAGCGAGGGAAGGCAAAGAGCCAGGGCAGCGCUGGGGAGGGGGAAGCGGCGCCAGCGGAGCAGAACAACAGGUCUGAACGCAGGAAGGCACAGCUGGCACAGUGGAGGGAGAAGUUUGUGCAGAAUCUGCAGAGCGCUGGAUUGCUCAUGGAAAAGGAGGAAACAGCAAAUGAAAAGAAAACGAUACAUUUUCUGAAGCUGAGCGCUCCUUGGGAUGUGUUGCUGUAUUAUGCGGAGGAACUCUGUCUGAGGGCUCCGUUGCAGGCCCAGCCGAACCUGGACUUAAACACAUCUGCACGGGUUCUGAAAAGAAUGUGCAUACCUAACGUGAUGAUGGAGUCGGUGCCGAACAGGCCGCUGGACUAUUACACAUGUGCCUUUCGCAAGUCAAAGAUGAACAGGUUCCUAGGCUGCAACGACCAACAAUCCUACUUCACCAACGCACAGAGGCACCGUGUUGUGUAUGAGAUUCUUGCCAGGACGGUGUACGGCAAAAGGAAGAGGGCUGAGGUUGGUGUGGACAGACUGGUAAAUGAAGGCGUGUACAUGGCAGCUUUCCCGCUGCACGAGGGUCCCUUCCAGCUUCCAAAGUACGAGAUCCGUCCCGACGAGCUGAACCAGAGGCAGAUUCUUUACCACUAUUGGGCCCGCUGGUGGAAAUGGUACAAGUACCAACCUCUGGACCACAUCAGGGAGUACUUUGGAGAGAAGAUUGCACUCUACUUUGCCUGGCUGGGUUUCUACACAGCCUGGCUGCUGCCGGCGGCUGUGGUUGGAACCCUGGUGUUUGUGUCUGGAGUCAUGUCCAUGGGUUCCAACGCACCAGCUAAGGACAUCUGUAACAGCGAAGCUAGUUAUCUGAUGUGUCCUCUCUGUAAUACAUGCAAGGCCUGGAACAUGUCUGAUACAUGCACCAUGGCCAAGUUGGGCUACCUAUUUGACCACCCAGGUACAGUCCUCUUCAGCGUGUUCAUGUCCUUCUGGGCCGUAACCUUCCUGGAGUACUGGAAGCGAAAGAUGGCCACCCUGUCCCAUCACUGGGACUGCAUGGACUUCCAUGAAGAAGAGGAGCGUCCUCGGCCUGAAUUUGCAGCCACGGCCCCGACUAUGGAGCCAAAUCCAGUGACUGGGGUGAAGGAGCCCUACUUUCCAGAAAAGACCAGGUUGUCCCGGAUGUUCACUGGCUCCAUGAUCAUUAUUAUGAUGCUGUGUGUGGUGAUGAUUUUCCUGGUGACGGUGGUCAUGUGCCGAGGCAUCAUCAGCCUGAUGUUGUUCCGCACUGGGAGCCCUGUCCUGCGUACAGAGGCAGGGACCAUAGCCAACAUCUCCAGCAGUAUUGUGAAUCUGGGCCUUAUUCUGUUGAUGGGCCGGGUCUACACUGCAUUAGCCGAGCAGCUGACUAAAUGGGAGAUGCACAGAACACAAACCCAGUAUGACAAUGCCUUCAUCUUCAAGGUGUUCAUCUUCCAGUUUGUCAACUUCUACUCGUCCCCCUUCUAUGUGGCUUUCUUUAAAGGAAGGUUUGUGGGUUACCCCAGCAACUAUGGGACCUUGUUUGGGAUGAGAAAUGAAGAUUGUGGUCCUGGCGGUUGCCUCAUUGAACUGGCUGAGCAGCUCUUCAUUAUUAUGGUGGGAAAGCAAGUCAUCAACAACAUUCAGGAGUUCAUAAUUCCUAAAGUGAAGGCCUGGCACCAGAAGAGGACUCUGGCCAAGGUGCUGGGGGACACUGCGUCCCGUGAGCCCCGGCGCUGGGAGGAAGACUACAAGUUGGUGGAGUGUGAAGGCCUUUUUGAAGAGUACCUGGAAAUGGUGCUGCAGUUUGGGUUCAUCACCAUCUUCGUGGCAGCGUUCCCACUCGCUCCGCUCUUCGCCCUCCUCAACAACUGGGUGGAAAUCCGUCUGGACGCCCACAAGUUUGCCUGCGAGUACCGCCGGCCGGUGGCUGAGCGCGCCCAGAACAUCGGAGUCUGGUUCAACAUCCUGGAGGCCCUGUCCCACCUGUCCGUCAUCGCCAACGCUUUCCUCAUAGCCUUCACAUCCGAUUUUUUACCUCGUCUGCUCUACCAGUACAAGUUUGAUAAUGAUCUUAAUGGAUAUGUCAACUUCACGUUGGCUUACGCCCCACGGAACUAUACCGAGAACCCCAUGUGCAGGUAUAAAGCCUUCAGAGACAACAAUGGAGACUAUUCUCUGUUCUACUGGGAGCUUCUUGGCGUCCGACUGGGUUUCAUCAUUGCUUUUGAGCAUGUGGUGUUCUUCGUGCUGCGAGCCAUCGACUGGAUCGUGCCUGAUGUCCCCGAAUCACUCGAGCUGAAGAUCAAGAGGGAACGCUACCUAGCAAAGCAGGCGCUAGCCGAAAACCAAGAGGCGCUGUUGGUGAGUCGAGGCCGAGGGGCCGCCCCUGCCGCCACUCCAGGCACAUCCAGCCCAGUGAAUGUUGCUGGAGGAGUGCAGGUGAGUACCACACAACCCGUAAACAAAUGGUAUUCUCCACAAGGAUGUUAUUAUUUCAUUAAUGACACAGCAGAAUUGAUCAGAUGAAAAGGAGCUAAAGUGUAUUACUCAAUGACUGGCAUUAAAUUAGGAAAGCUACAACAGCCAUGUAAUACCAAUUAUCAUUUUUGCCUAAAUUCUGUUGUCGAUGUAUGUGGUAUAAAAGGAACAAGACGGAGCCAACAGAAUAUCUGACGGGCCCCAUUGUGCUCUGAAUGGUAGUUAUUGUUAUUGAGAUGUCAUCAGGCGGCACUCAAAUUCUAGUGAAUUUGCUAAAAUCAUUAGAUGUGAUCAGUCAUUUUGACAGCAGCGGCUUUCUUUACCGCAUCACUCAAGGCCACAUGCAGCACAAGUUACAAUUCUACCAAACCUGGCAACCUUCACAACAAGAUUUCACAGCAUGUACACACAAAGUCCCCGUGGCGCCCUGUUCAUCAAGAAAGUGUAAGCACAUAACUCCCCAAUAGUAGGUUAGGGUUAGCAGCUGUACUCCUUCCAGGCGUAGCGGUAUGCUAGGCAAACCACAGCUUCCUUCUUGACGUGAGAUUAACAUCCUGCUUGAAUGAUUUUACUGAAAAGCUUUUCCUCUGCGUAUUGUUUCAUUGCCAGUUUUACAGUAUAAUAAAUGACAGUAGCUGCCAGCUGUUACUUAGUAGCAUGUCCAAACAAUGAUUGUGUCCGAUUUUUCAUUCUUCAUUCCUCUGACAGUAGUCGGUCUGAAAAGAGUAAUUCUCUCCUUUUCCUCUGUGCUCCUUCCCCAUUCCUUCUGUGCUCCAAACCCGGCCGCGCAUCCUCCCCUGAAGCCAGCGACACGUCCUUUGGAAGCUUGAGUUAGGACCGUUAGCGAGUGGUUUGAGGGAUAAUGGAGGAGUUGACGACACUUCUUCCCAUCUGGGAUAGCAUGGAGUGAGCUUUGUCCCUGAGUGGAAUACUGCUUUUGCACUGGGAUUUUGUUUUCAUUUUGUUCACUAAUGCGCACAUCGUCACGCAGACUUUCCGAUGAGCAGGUGUGUGACGGAGGCUAAACUCACCUUUCAUCAACUUUUCAUCUGGAGAACAGCUCAAACUUAUCCUCAGGCCUACAGAAAUGCAUCUCCACAUUAUUCAUACUGUGUACUGACCGUACAGCAACCGAGGCCUGGCCUGAGCCGACUUGGAACAAAGGAGUUGGAAUCGGAACAAAAUCACCCAGAAAAUGUGUUUUGUACAGUUUGUGGAUGCACUGAGCCUAAUUUCCUUUUAACCUGGAUCCCUCGCCUCUAUGCUUUUAUGCCUCAAUUUAUAUAUAAAUGAGUAUUGAAAUUGAUUUGGUGAGUUUGGGGAAAAAUUCAAAACGCAACAAUAACAUUGGGCAUAAUAUCUACCAUAGUGAAGCCCCAUCUAUGCCAAUAACUUAAGUAUUAGUACUAAAAAAAUUAGCAGCAUGAGUUGUUAAUGCUAUCAGUGUUCUAUUCUUUUCGUUCUUGAUACUGACCGAGUUUUAUCAUUAUAUUGCUGCCACAUGGUUUUAAUGACUUUAAAGAGUAACCUAAUUCCACCCAAAAAUGUUGUGUUUGCUGACCUCAAGUGGCGUAAGUUCUCUUGAAGCAGUAAUGCACAGGUGUGAACUGUGACAUCACAGUUGGGUAUGGUUGUGGGUGUAUCACGCAGAGGGGAAGCCGCUCAGAGCUGUUUAGUUACUCUUUAAAGGGCAUUCGUAUCAUUUAGUGUCAACGUAUUCCCCCUAAUACUGGUUUGGUUUCAAACAAAAACAAGCCACUAGUUUUCCCAUCAAGCAAUGUCUUUAAUCGGGUUGCAUUGGCGGGGUUUUGUUGUAGGAAGUAAAAGUCUUAAGAUGCCAGGAUUCUUUCGUCCAAAAAAGCGAUGCUCGAGUUUCCCCACAAUCCACGGGUCUGACAGUUUUUGGGUACGUCCUCGUGUUGACUUUUUUUUAUGGAAUCCUGGCAAAUGGAGCAAAACUAGUUAAAGCAGCAUUUUAAUGAAGUUAUUGUAACUAUAUAUAAUCAACUUUCCCCCCUCUGUGCCUCUAUCUUUGUCACCCUCCGUCUCAAACAGACGCACAUACACAUGAAUGAAAGACUCUGGGUCAUGUUUGGCUAAAUUGGACAACUGUGGCCUACAUUUGGAGUUAACCAUUGUGUUGAAAUGAUUCAAAAUGAUGCUCAUCCACCUGUAGUAUCCUCACAUUUCCCAGGAAACUGUGUUGUGGAAUACUGAGGAUAUUAUGAAAUAAAAUGUUUGCACUCCCCUAGUUCUUUCCAAACAGAAAUAACCCAGAUGACAUCAUUUGAGUUACUAUUGACCCUUUUAGUUUACAUUGUGGCUGAUUAUCUGAUGUCUUCAAUGGGACGGAGAGCAUAUUUAGGCACCUACACUCAUCUGCAAUGUAUAUACACUUAAACUGUACAUGUCUAUUGUGCUUGGAUGCUGAGCAUGCCCAUCCUUUGUACCUCAACUCUGUGCAGAGUUUUGAAUGGAUGAUUUCUGCGAGUUGUUGUUGUUGUUGUAAACAGGAGUGAAAUAUAGGACAUAUUUUGAUGUGUGGGAUGUUCCCACUUAAAAACUUUUGGACCAAAAUAAACGUAGUUUGUUGAAUGUUUA